CCGACUUUUGCAACCGUUCCCAUUUUGGAUGUGUUGCACACGUGCACAAGCGUGAAGGCCAUGAUAAACGAGCUGCCGACUUUAAACCAGCGUUGGGCCGCAACCACGGACGAGGCUCCCAUGCGUAACGGGAUCUCCAAGGACUUAACAUUCAUGGAGAAAAGGAGGGCGGCGUUCCGCAUCGAGAAGAAAAUCAACGAGAACCAGGGGGGAAACGAAGAGUAUGUGUCGCUAAGGUCGUGGGUGCACUUGCCAGGGGAAAACGAUGCGAAAGCAUUCUUGCAAGCGGAGGCGGCGGGCAGAGAAGAAGGAGAAGAGGAGAGAGACUUCAAAUUAAAUAUUCUGAAGGAGCUCUAUCGUUUCCUACCGGGAUUCAAGAGCUGUUGGAAGCACCCCUACCUCAGGUUUAUGCCAGCAUCGACGACGCCCGAUAAGAAGCACGUGACGGUCCAUGUGGAGGGAGCAAUAGGAUUAGUCAUAUCGGAGAGGUGCAAAUGGUGUCCGAGAAUCAAUAAGGAGGUGAACGCGUUGAUAAGGCGUGAGGAGAACCCAUGGUUUGUGAUGCCGGAGUUCUUAAAGGGCAUAAUACGAACGACGGGGGCUGCCAUCAAACGACACGGCACAUGCAAAAAAUUUUCAUGUUCUCUGGCGGGAGGCGCGUGUUGCAGUAUCGUGCAAAUCACCGACCUAGAGGACAUGGUCGUGAGGAUCGACGGCGAGAAUCCUUGUCCGAAUUGUCAAAGACUUCAUCCAAAACCGCCGCCUUGGUUGUGGGAGCCGGAGAAACGCAUACGACUCGCGCACGUAGACGAUAUGCAAAGGCCAUGGGAGUACAAGGAAGGGAAGGAAACCCAGGGAGAAAAAAUGAAGAGAACCACGCAUGCAAACAGGGUGCGAACGGAGGAGCGGGCACGGGGAAAGAAGCGGGACAGGGAGGGUAGAAAUAGGAGCGGAAAUGUUCACGCACGGAUACCAAAUGAGGAAGAGGAUGAGGCAGAGGGGGAGCAAGAGCCUGCCGAUGGAACGACGAGCACAUUGGAGGAUGAGGAAGAGGAAGAGCGGGGGGAAGAAAUGGAGGAUGUGAGAAUGGAGGAAUAUGAAACGGCGGACGAAGAGGAGUCGUCGAGCGAGGAGGAAGGGGAGGACAAAUGGGAAUCGGCGGAAGAGUCGGAUACGGAGAUGACAGACACCUCCGCGGAGGCACAUGGAAGGGAAGCAGCGGAGCAGCUGGAGAUCAUGUCACACGGCGGGGGAGAGGGAGAGGGACACGAAGAAAUUGAGGCCGCGGUAAUGGAGGAGGAAGAAAAAAAUGAUGAAGACGGGGAGUUAAGCGAAGAGGACACAAACAAGGAAAGCGAAAGAAGGGUGGAGGAGUAACAUGGAAGAUGAAGAGGUUUGUGGAGGAGGUGGAAUGUCGGCAAAGAAGGCAACGGAUAAAGGUAGUAAGCGAGA